GAAUUGUAAUUAGGAUAAAAUUUAAUUUCUAACCGAGCUUUGGACGGGUUAAACUCUGGAUGGAAAAGAUCCAGGAAUUGGAUUGGAUUGGAUUUGGGUUAGGGAAGUAGUUGAGUCAGGAUAUAGUUUGGGUUUGCCGGAAUGUAAUUUGGACUAGGGUCAGGGGUUGACGUGGAUUGUAUUGAAGUGGAGUCGGGACUGUUUGGACUUGAAAUAGUUUCAGGCGUGAAUUUGAGGUGGAAAUGUAAUUUAAAUGAGGCGAAGGGUUGACUUGUGCUCGGAGUGGAUUUGAUCCUGAUUCGGGGUGGCAUGCAGUGGGGAGCUUGCUGUGUUGCUGGCGGAGAGCUGACUGCUGAAAGUCGGUGACUCGCAAUCAUUAAUUCAUUCCUCUCCUCCCUUUCCUCUGGCGAGGAACGCAACCCAUGAGAGCGGGUUGAGUCAGCAGCACAUGAGGCCGCUGUAAAUAACCCGGCCCCCGGCACAAGGCACACAGACUGGGAGAGAAGUCCGGGGGCCACGGAAGGGAAGCAGGAGAAGACGCGGAAAAAAAAACACCCAACACCCUCCAGAAUCAAAAAUUAACUAACAGGAAGGAGAAAAAUAUCAGAUUAGAGAAACUUGUGGCGUCUGGUUGCAGCCGCCGAGCCGACUGAAAGCGGAAAACGAAGUCAAACGACGGAGCAAAGCGGAUGGUAACAGACUGGACCGUGGCCAAGCCCAAGCCUGAAGCCGGAGCCGGUCCAGGGCCGAACGCAAAUCCGAGCCAAGCCCAAAUCGAACUGGGGAUCUGCUGCGGAAGUGCAGAACCGGCAGCGGGGCCUCGCUCGGCGCAGUGAGAGGGAGGGAGCGGGCUCUCGGCCUCCCUCCGGUUAUUGUUCCCGUCGCCGCCGCCGCCGCCGAUUGACACAAAGUCCCACAAGUUUGGCAGCAGCGUUCCCACCGACCCCGAGCUGCCCGUCGUCCGCGGCCUUUCCCCGCCUCCUGGUUCCCCUCCCGGCCGUCGCUUCGCCGCCCCUCCUCCUCACCCCGGUCCGCUCCACCCCCCCCCCGCACUUCGGUCCUUUCUCGGCUCCCUCUCCCCUCGGCCCCGCGCCUCCUCCCUCCGCUUUCCCCGAGGGCACCAGAUGCCGAUCGCCUCGCCUUCUCACUCGGCUCAGGAGCCCUGUCUCUAUCCCCGACUCCGGGCCGGGCCGUCACCGCCCAAAGACAGCGGUGAUCGCGGCCACGACCAAGGGGCAUCGGUCGAGCAACCGCGGCCCCCGAGUAAUCCAGCACCGAGCGGGGGCCCGGCAUCCGAGGUGUUGGCGCGGCAGGAGCCGUGGGACCGGGGCGCAGGCAGGUUCUCCACCACCGCCCCGCACCAUUUGCUGGAAGCUCCUCGGACGCGGUCCAGAUCCAGGUCGGGACUCGGUGGCAGCAGCACACAUCCGCCUUACUGCAGCCAGCCAAGGGCAGGCGGCCUCCAGCCGCAGGCUGGCUGCCAGAGCCACGGUGACAACCCAGCCAUGGGGCAUGGAGCCACGGGCAUGGCGGCAGGAGCGACUAGACCGGCAGGUGGCAUGGAUCCUUCCUUUCAGUAUCACCCGAGUCCUCAUGACCUACCUUUCAUUGAAGAUAGUGAUAAGAGUGAAGAAAGCCCAAGUCCCAAACGUCAGCGCCUCUCUCAUUCGUUCUUUGAAUACGCGCCAGUAUCUCCUGCCCCAUCGCCACCAAUGCGACCAUGGGAGAUGACUUCAAAUAGGCGACCUCCCUCAGCUCGACCAAAUCAACAUCACUUCUCAGGGGAAAGAUGCAAUACACCUUCACGUAGUAGGAGGAGUCCUCCAGUUAGACGCCAACGAGGGAGACGAGAAAGACUAACUAGAAAUAGUUCUCUGAGCCAAGAUGAAAACUACCACCAUCAUCCUUAUGGACAACAGCCAACUGUGGAGGAACCCAGGGCAUUUCAUCCUCCAAACGUAUCUCCACGCAUGCUUCACCCUGCCGCACACCCUCCACAGCAGAAUGCUGUGGUGGUUGAUAUCCAUGAGCAGAUUCAUCAAGGCACUGUUCCUGUCUCGUAUACUGUCACUACUGUAGCACCACAUGGUAUUCCACUUUGCACAGGGCAGCACAUCCCAGCGUGUAACACACAAGUUCCGGGGUGUUCAGUUGUAUUUAGUGGACAACAUUAUCCUGUGUGCAGUGUACCUCCUCCGAUGCUUCAAGCAUGUUCUGUACAACAUCUGCCAGUUUCGUAUGCUGCAUUUCCUCCUCUUAUCUCAAGUGAUCCCUUCAUAUUGCACCCUCCACAUCUGUCACCUCACCAUCACCCUCAUGUACCACCUCCGGGGCAGUUUGUUCCUUUUCAAGCACAACAAUCACGGUCGCCUUUGCAAAGGAUAGAGAAUGAAGUGGAAUUACUGGGUGAACAUCUUCCUGUUAGUGGUUUCACUUACCCUCCAUCACCACACCCACCUACCUUGCCUCCAUCUGCACCGCUCCAGUUCCUGCCACACGAUCCACUUCACCAAGAGCUGCCCUUUGGAGUUCCGUAUCCUCAUUUCAUGCCUCGAAGACUGCCAGGACGCAGAUAUCGCUCACAGCAACCCUUACCACCUCCACCUUAUCAUCCCAGCUUCUUGCCAUAUUUCCUCUGCAGAUAGGUCCAAAUGGAGAGACAGAAAAUUGCCAGGAAAGUAAAGACAUUGGAAGCAGAUUAGAAUUCAGCACAGGAGGGUAAAAAGAUUGAUAAAGAAGAGAGAUUAUGAGGGUAAACUUGCAGGGAACAUAAGGUCUGACUGGAAAGCUUCAACAAAAAUUGAAUAAAGUGUUAGUGAACCCUAAUACAGGCAGUCAGAAGUGGGAAGUAUUAAUUGGGAUCAAAAAAUGGAAGAACAAUUGAACACAGGUUCUGUCUUCACAAGAGGAUAAUAACCUUGGAGAUUUGUUGGAGAACUAAGGAUCUAGAGAAAGGGAGGAAAUGCAGGAAAGAAAUAGUAAAGAAUAAUGUUAUAAUUAUACUGAAGUGAUAAGGUCUUACAGUAGCUAUGUACACUUAGUGGCCACUUUAUUAGGUGCCUCCUAUACCUAAUAAAGUGGUCAUAGAGUACAUGUUCAUGGUCAUCUGCUAUAGCCCGUCCACUUCAAGGUUUGACGUGUGUUCAGAGAUGCUCCUCUGCACACCACUGUUGUAACACAUGGUUAUUUGAGUUGAAGGUGUUUUGUGGGGUUUUUUUUGCGCCAUCCUCUGUAAACUCUAGAGUCUGCUGUGCAUGAAAAUCCCAGGCAAUCAGUUUCUGAGAUACUCAAACCACACAGAUGGGCACCAACAAUCAAUCCAUGGUCAAAGUCAUUUAAGUCACAGAAAGCAGUGGGAUGCCAAAUCAUUUCGUGUACUCAACAAAGAGGUAUCAAUCAGCUGGAAUCUAGAAGGCAUUGCUGGCAGAUUCCUACCUAGCUGCCUAAAGCAAGUUAGAUAAGUAAUGCUGAGGAGUAAUUUGCAAGUCUGUGGAGAAGAGGCUGCUGGUGCACCAUGUGAGUUGCUACUGACACAACCAUGACGGGUUGAACGGCUGCUGCCUGUGCUAUAACUAUUCCAUCUGCCUAGGAAUAGGAAUUACAGGAUAUGAGGUGAAAGCUGGAACAGAGAUUGAAGUGGAUGAUGGUCAGCCAUGGUCAUAUUGGACGAUGGAGUGGUCCCAAAGGGCUGAAUGCUCUGCUCCUGCUCUUUUCUGUGUACUCCACACUAAUUUGGUAUGUAAUUUCAAGAUUUUGGAUCCAGCAACAAUGAAGUAUCUGCAGCAGUUCUCCAAGUACAGUUAGUAAAUUUUAGAACUUGUUUUUUCCUGGUCCUAAGAGUCCCAUAACCAUCUGUGAUUGAAGUGAUUAAGCUCAUGGGUUUGGGAGGUGCUGUGGGGAAAAAAAAAAUUGGCAACACUUGUAAGACUGCAUCUCGAAGUCAUACACAACUGUAGUCACAAUAUGGAAAGAGUUAAGGGAGUAAAUAAUUUAAUAUGGUGCAUGGGGUGCUUUUUAAAUAGCCCUCAAGUGUCUGUGCUUUUAUAUUCGGGUGACAUCCAUUCAGACAAGUGGAGUAUUCCCCUCGCUCCUGAAGUACCUUAUAAAAGUUGAAAACCUCCGGGAAACCAGGAGCUGCAUUAUCUGCUAGGGGGUGGGUAACCCAGUCUGAGACCUGUUCUGUAACCGUUGCAUUUAUGUAGCUGCUUCAGUUGAGUUUACAUUGAUUGUGGAAUUGCUAGUUCUCUCUAUAACAUGGUACUUUUUUUAGGGAGCAUUUUAGUCCAUGUUGUCAGCGGAUUUUUAGCUCCCAUGAAACCCAGAUUAGUUUCUUUGCUUGAUGUUGGUAGAAUGAGGAAUAUACUGAUCCAUGAAAUUAAAGGUUAUGGUGGAAUACAAUUCUGUUGCCCCUCUGGGCCCAAAGUGUCUCAUAGGUGCCCUGUUUUGAGUUAGCAGAUUGGUUCUGAAUGUAUCCCGUUAACAUGUAGUUCAUUCUGCACAGAUGUGAAUAUGGUUCUUGGUUUUCACGUGAUUGUACUGCUGUAACUCCACCUUGUACUGAUGUGGUAGAAUCAUCUGUGAAAGGUAGAUUGGUGAGGAAGAGGUCAUGCAGAUUUUACUCUCAUGUUAAUUCUCAUCUUCUGCCACUGCCUUUACCUACAACCAAUUUGUACUUCAUCCUCAGCAAAAAAGGUCAGAUUUCCAUUUGCCUUCCUUUUGUUUGCUGCACAAACAUACUUGUGUUGUGGUUUAUGCAAUUUUUCUUCAUUUAGACAAUAUUCUUUUUCCUACCAAAGUGAAAUACCUCACAUUCCCCACUCACUUCGGGGACAGUUUGCAUUUUUCCAACUGUCAUCAAGACACAUAGCACCAAUGACCUGGUUUCAAUCCUGAUGUGCGCUAUCUGAUUAGAGUUUAAGUUCCCAAGUCCCAAAGGUAUUUUCAUGAAUAAUUUAGUUAAUAUAAGUUGCCACAAAUGUAGUUAAUGAGUAGAAUUGGAGAGGUUUGUGGAGUUGAAGAGAAUAUGGAAUUGAAGGGAAUGUGGGAUAAAUAGUUGCUGGGAGGUAGGUGUCAAUUGAACUGAGUGAUGAUACAGACUGAAAUCAGGCAAUGGUCACUUCUGUAGUUUUAAGGAUGUAUCAUUAAUUAGCAAAUUUGGUUAGAAAUACAUUUCACCACUUAAUCUGUCAUAUAGAUUAUAACAUUGAGACCCCAAUGGCACCCCAUCAGGUACAGUUUGCUAACCAGUAAAUGAACUCUCCUUCCUGUUUGCCAGUACUCUUCAUGUAAUAUAUUGGCCUCAGUGCAGCACUCUGACAAUGAUCUUCUGGAAAUGAGAGUAAAAUUACAUCUACUUGUUCCCCUUUUAUUUAUCCAUGUUAAUCACAAGGAAGUCUUGUUGCAGGUAGUCAUAAAACCAUGUUGACUUUGCUUGAUUGCAGUAUUACUUUCUCCAUGUCCUACUGCUGCCUUAAAUACUGAAUGCUAGCAUUUUCCAUAUGUUAAGCUAAUACCUUCCUCCUUCCUGCCUCCCUUCUUGAUUAAGGGAAUUAUGCUGGAACCAUUCCAGAAUUAAGUAAUUUUUGGAACGUAACAACUGAUGCAGCAAUUACAUGACCCUUUGCAGGCCAUCAUUUCCAGAGAUCGUUUUAGCCUUUAGUCCCUUUAUUGUAUUUACCUUUUAGCCGUAGUAUUUGUUUAGGGUUCUAUAUCCCACUUUUGCAUGUGAAAUGUUCCCUAUUAUUGAGUUGCUUUUAUUGUGUUUCUUGAAAUGUUUGUUCAGUGUCUGAAGGACUGAUGUUUAACCAUCUACUAUCUAAUACACUUAUAGAAGCUUUCACUGUCUGUUUUAACAUUUCUUCCCAGCUUAUUAUGUUAGUCUUUUUCAUGAGUCAACCUUUUGUUAUAUUUUAAAUAUUUUCCUAAUCUAUUUUCAACAUUUUCCUUUUUCAAUUUAAUGCCACUCUUAUUUACUUAGCUGCAUUCUUCUGUCUUGCUUAUUGGUGAACUAGAUGGAAUUUUAUGACAUUCUGGUUAUUUCACAUUUACCAAUACUGAUGUUAGUUUUCAUUCUGUUUUGAAUAUCCUGUCUGCUUCAGUAAGAUUUGAACCUGUUUACUUAGGAAUAAUAUGAAACCAUUAGGAGAUAAGAACAUUAUGUGAAGCUAUUUCUGUUUUUCACUCCUGACAGUAGAAUAAAAUAUUUGUAACUAUUUGUAACUAGUAGAGCUUCAGUGCAAUCAUAUGGACCAGCUUAAUUUCAAUGAAUCUUAAAUGCAAUCCAAAUAUCAAUAAUGAUAGAAAACCAAAUCCAUGGGCAAAAGAAAAGAAGAACCUUGAAACAAUAUCUAUCCCUAGAGGAAAAAGCAGCAAGCAAUCUAAUGGAACUGAAGACUAGCUAGUCCCCUGGAAAUAAUGUCCUGCUUCAUGGGGUUUUGAAAGACAUUAAAAGGUCUUAAUAAAUUGUCUUCCAAUUUUUUUCUACAAUUCUGCUAUGAAAGGAUAGAAUUUCUUCUUGAUUUUUAAAUAUAGAAGUUGAGAUCUGACAAUUGAAUAAAUUAAUUUACUCCAGAUAAUUAACCUGGUGGUUUGGGCUGAUUACCAAAUGGUAAUCAUGUCUUGAUUUUUAUGCAUGUAGCCAAUAUGAAGAAAUUUCUCACCUCUUUGAAGUAGGGUCGUGGAAUUGGUACCUGAUGGGAUCUGUGGCUUAAUUUAUAAUUUCAUUUGAUGAAGAUAGCACUCUGACAUAUCACUCUACAUAUCAUGUUCAGAUUUCUGGAUUGCGACUUGAUCACAAUCUCCGUUUUGGACAAAAAGUGGUAACACCAAGCUUGUUCAUAAUUGUUGUACAAAGUUGUUACCAUGCUAUACAAAUUGCACAAUGUUGUUCAAGGGCACAAAAGCUACAAUGAACAAACAUCGUAAUUAUAGUCUGUGCUCCAAUAUCAACUUUUUUCAAAUUUCUGAGAAAGUAAUUGACUUUGAAGCUAUGCAGUUCAGUUUUUCUAAUUAUAUACAAUAUCUUUUAUUUCUCUAAAUAUUUACUUAAUUUACUUCCUUUCUCGCUGCAAUUGACUGGCUUUUGUAGGAAUAUAGUGUUAAAACACAGCACUCUGUACAUAAUUUUUAUACAAACCUUCCUUUUUUCCAUUGAUCAGUUAAUCUUUUUACUUGGUAAAAUGUUAGGAACAAGUUGACAGAAUAAUGAAAUAUUCCCAGCCUAAUGUUAUUUUGGUCAAUAUUUUAGGCAAUUCUGUUUGGAAGCUCCUGUCGAUCAGGACUGGGAAUCCUAAUCGAUUUCUCCUCUCCCUUCCCUUGUAUUCCUUGGUCUGUGCAUGCCUUAAUCCUGGGCCCAUAAACUAUUUGUCAGUUUGAGACGUCUUCAUGUAAUCAUUCUCUCACAUCUGAAUAUUGCAGAAGAUCAAGCUGUUAUGAUAUUCUCUGAAGAAUGCUGAUGGCUUAGUGUUCAAAUUCCAUCAUGGCAGAUGCACAUUUUAAAUUUGAUUAAUUAAACCUUGAUUCUUUCUUUUGUAAAUGUUAAUCUGAGUAAUAGUGAUCGUAUUGUUACUGGAAACCCAUCUAGUUCACUAAUAUUUAUCAAAGGAGGAAACCCGUCAUCCUUACUGCUCUGGCUUAUUGUAACUGCAAAUCCACAGGAACGUGGUUGUUUCCCAGCAAGCCAAUCUGCUCAGAGGCAAUUAGGAUUAGACAGUAGAUAAUUUCAGAAAAAGUACAUGAAAAUCUAAUACUACUAAUAAAAUAACAUUCACGGGGAAUCCAUCUAUUCCCCAUUCACCCAUCUUCAAUAGAAUGAAAAAAAUCGUCAUAUCAUUUAAUAAUUGAUGUGAUCUCAAUAGUUCACUGGCCCAUAAAGGAUGCAUAUCAUUUGCAAAUUAUGCACUAGCCAGCAGUGCUUUCUAAAGGCACACCACUCUCCAAGAAAUAAAGAGCUGCAUAAUGUCCACUUAGUUCCCACUUUAAUAGGUGAAAUUCAUGUCCCCUAGAUCUCCCUGUUUUAUCAGAUUGUAAUAAUGUAAAGAUCUAAAAUGCUGAUAUCUCAGCUUUUGGUCCAUUAGCCUUACCAAAGUGACCUUAUCCUAAUGAUUUAAGGCUAGAUUGAAACCUGAUAAACUUAAAAAUCAUCUGAGUGGGAAAUAUUUUUGAUAUCCAUGUAUGUGAAGAUUUAUGUGCAUGAAUUGAGCCAUUGUUCUUUUUGAUGGAAAAUGUAUUUCAGUAGGCUUUUCUUGGUUCCCAUAAUUAAUAUUGAAUAUUAUUGAUGUACUUAAAUGAAACCUACAAUAUAUGUCUCAUUUUUAUAAAUCCUGUUACAUAUAGAAAGUGUUACUUUCAUCUUUCAAACUCAAGACAUUAAUUG